CCUUGAGACUCGUUAGGUUUGCCAAACCAAACGCCCUAAGGGGCCCUUAGGGGAAAAAAACAAUCUCUCUCUCUCUCUCUCUCUCCUCUCUCCUCUCUCUUCCUAGAUCUCUUGCUUUCUCUCUCUAAACACUCUCCAAUGGCUACCGCAUCAUCUUCAUCAUCGAGAACGAGAACCAGGUCAAGCGGACCAGUUCUCCGCUCGCUCUCACCUUCUGGAAGGUUUUACACAGCCUCAAAUGCCUCCAUCUCAUCUUCCGCUUCGGGCUUUGCUUCGUCCACAAGCUCUAGCUUCUCAUCUCCGGCCUCCGCCUUCUUCAGCCACCACAAGGACCACCACUACUACAAUCAGCAGAUCAACCACCACCAUCACCACCGAUCUGCUUCCCCGACACGUGUCAACCUGUACACCUCCUCCGCCCCAUCUCCAUCCGUCCGCUUCUCCAUCGACCACCGUUCGAUCUCUCCGAACCACUCGAAUCGAUCCAUCACCGUUUCGAAGAAAAACGGCCCGAUCUCGAUGCCUAAGAAGACCUGUAUGUGCUCGCCGACGUCGCAUCCGGGGUCGUUUCGCUGCAGUCUUCACAAGAACAUCGGCGGAGGUCACAACGCGGCCCCGUAUCCGACGAACAGGCUCAACAUGCGCAGAUCUGCUAUGACGAACUCGCUGGUUCGAAUCGGUGGAGUCGAAGGUGAGUGGGUGAAGCGAGCCCUGACCGCUCUGAUCCGUCCCUGCGCCCACCAGCAGAGGCGAAGAGCCGGCUUCUCGGCCAUGUCCACCGCCGACAACAAGUGACUGAGUUACCAUCGGCAACGAUCUCUCUGAUUUUGUUUUACAGAGUAACAGAAAGACACAGGUCAGGUUGGUUAAUUUCCGGUCAUUUCUUCAUUUUUUCCGAUCUUUGAACCCGGUGAGUCAACUCGGAGCCACACAGCCCUGCCGCUAUCGAUCCGAGCAGAUCCGACGGUUUUAGCUGAGGUCAACUCAACUCAACUCGGGCGAGUCACGAAGCGGAGGUCCCGAGUCGAGCCGGCGAGUUUUGCGCUCUGGGAUACGGAGCGUCCCGCCGAAACACUAUGAAAGAGAAACUCUCAUAUUGUACAGUUGAAUGAUAUGAUUUGCUAUGGAAAAUUGGAAGGACAGUUUUCGGACAUUUAAUCUUUUCCCUAAACAAAUCUCCCAACUAAAACUGGAUUAAGGAAAAUUAACAGAGUAAUAAUUUGCAUUCAGAAGUUGCAAAGACUUGGUUCAGUUCGGUUUUUACACAGCCGCUCAAUCCAUUUGUGUUUGCAGCAUUUGGGGUUAUCCGUUAUGUUUGCCGUUUCAGUCACCGUCCGUUCCGUUCAGUUCCGUGUUAUGGGUUCCGUUGGCCGUCAUCAUCAUCGUUAGCGUGUUCCGUUACGUGUGUUCCGUUCAGUUUGCCGUAUUGCUUUACAAGGUUGCGUUACUCUUUUUGCAAGGUGUGAAGUUAUUGACUAACUUUCAUGCACUUUUGAAGGAUUUGAAAUUUGAAAAAUAUGACCUGGAACUCAAUUGUGGAAGCCGUGGGUGGAGGAAAUGGACAAAUGAACCUUCUACAACACUCCUGACUUUAAAAGAAAUAUUAUAUGGUUAUUUGCAAAAAGAGAAAAAAUAUCAUUUAAAGCAUAAAAUAAAAGAAAAAAUCUCAGUUAAAUAACAAAAAUAUUUACUCUAUGAAGAAAAGUGACUAUGAAGAGUGUGUGGCUCAAAUUGUUCAAGUAAAGCAGUAAAAAUACCCAAUACUAGAAAGGAAAGUAUCAAUUUGGGAGAAAUUUGAAUGAAAGUUUUUUAGAGAAAGUACAGCUCUCUUCCAUUAAGUGCUGACAUGAUGGAGGAGCAGAAAAGGAAGUAAAGGCCAAAGAGCAUGACCUGGCCGACAUUUAUUAUGUUAAUCCGGCGCCAAAUGUGAUCGGUGCCAUGAUUGGAAAAAAGUGAAAAUACAAGGACCAAAAAGAAAACAAAAGAGGAAAAAAGGAGAAAACAA